CUGAGGAUGGUAGGUUGCUGUUGAGAGGUUUAACCCUGAAAAGUCUUACGUCCAUAAAUACCUCCAUCGUCCAUAAAUACCUUGAUCGACAUGAAAGACAAUAUUAGGUGGAGGAUAUCAUCAGGCAGCGUACUGAUUCGAUCAUCUGUGUUAUAGGAAGGCAUUCUACUGCUCUCUAGCUUCAACACCCACAACAAAAACAAAACAUUAAAGUUACUGCAUUGAUAAUCGAAAAUCCAUGGAAGGCCCAAUUUGUGCAUAGCACAGCAAGGAAACGAAAAAGAAAGCAGCAAGAGGAUGCAGCAGUGGCACAUGACACAUGAUGAAUAGAUUAAGACUAAUAAUGCUCACAAGUCAUAAUAACUAAGAAAUCUAGAGAGUCCAUUGCACUUCUUGCCUAGGCUGAAUGUUAAAGUAACUAACAAGAGAAUUGGGGAAACAAAGCUGAAGAAAAGAUGGAUGUUAAUCAAACUAACCUUAGACUUCAUCACACCGGGAUGUUGCCAUGAGGAACCAGACCUGCGGAGCUUUCUCUUUCCCGUCAUUGGUAUUGGAUUCGGCAGGCAAUAAGACUUAUACCCUUUGGAAGGAGACAGAAAGAGGAUCAAAAGACACAAACUUUUUGCCCUUUUGGAGUCCUUCUCCUCAUUUAAACGGCGAAUAGGAAGAAGAAGGGAGUUGAAGAAGUAAGCAGAAGCUGCAGGAACCGACGAGCAGAUCGGUGGAAUGAAUGCAAAUCAAGGGAAACACCCGCCCGCCAACUGGAAGAAGAGAUCUGCCGGAAGCCAGCAAAGGAUCUGAACUUUCUCCAAUUGGUGAACGAAUUUGCAGAUACAAAUAAAUGAAAUAAAACCCUUCUGCCUGCCGAUAGAAACCCCGACGACGAGGAGGAAAAGGAUUCCGAUAAGGGCCAUCGUUUCUGCCAGUAUGAUUUAAUUUGGGCCUAAAAUGGAUGCUUACCCAGUAAGCCCAACUUGCUUCCAAUUUAGGACUCCAGGCCCAUGUCUGCUUCUCUCUGUGUAACCCAUUUGUACUUCUCUCCCGCGGUUCCGAUAUCCUACGUACCAAAGAAGCUCUCGCUCUUCCGCAGUUCCGGUCCGGACUUUCGUCUCGUUCUCCGGCCGCCGCCGCCGUUUCUCUGCGCUCGGUUCUUCAAGGUAACUAUUGUUUUCCUUCCCCUCAUGUUGCCAUGAGAGCUAGGCGGAUUUCAAAUUAUUUGAUUAUCGGCCUACUUGUUUUUUGUCGCCAGUUCUUGUUUGGUUUUCCAUAUGGCUUAGAUGCUUCUGCUCACGCCCAAUUUAGACUGUGAGGUUCGUAAGAUGGUGAAAUGAAUGAGAAACGGUAGAAUGUCUCCUAGGAAUAGAAAGAACCAGACGAUGGCUAGGUGUUGAGACUGUUCCCAGUGCUAGUAUAAGUUGAAUGCGUUGGAUGAGGGCCGAGAAGCCCUUGAUAACGGAGAGAUGAGGAGUGGCCUGCUAGGGUUUCCUUUUUUGGUUUCGACUUCCUUCUUUCGAUUCUGAUACUAUGUAGUACUUGUCUUAACAUCCAAAUUCAGCAGCUCUGUGAAAGGCAUAUUUUCCUUUUCCCUUGCUCCCUGGCUUACACUGAUUCGAAGCAUGUCCUGUCUUUCCGAUCUUUUUCCCAAUUUAAGGAUUUGUUUAGGUCUGAAACUGAUUCUCGAAUUGUGCUGUAGUGUUUGCUACUUCUGACGCAUACACGAGAAUGAAGGAAGGUGAGGGAAAGGCAGUGAUAGGACUGACAUGGCAGCCCAAGCUGCCUACUGCAUCCCUUGCUUCGUCGGCUCGAAAACCUCAGAAUCACGCUGGGGAUUCUCUUUUGCAGCCCACUGAGAAGCUUGUUGAUGGUCUGUUUUUGCCACCCAAUAACCCAUCUCAACUGAAAAAUUUGCAGAGGAAGCAAGUCAAGGACACUCUCGGCAAAGGCUGGUUUGAUAUGCCAGCUCCAACUAUGACUCAGGAAUUGAAGAAAGACCUCCAGAUACUAAAGCUGAGGGGUGCUAUCGACCCUAAGAGGCACUAUAAGAAAGGUGAUUCAAAGUUAAAAGUUCUUCCCAAAUACUUCCAGGUGGGUACAGUCAUCGAGUCGCCAAUGGAGUUCUUCUCCGGCAGGCUGACAAAGAAGGAGAGGAAAGCUACCAUUACUGAUGAGCUACUUUCUGAUCAGAACUUCAAGGCUUACAGGAAGCGUAAGGUGAGAGAGAUCGAGGAACAGAACCGCCCUGGCGGGAAGGACAAGUGGAAAAUCAAGGGGAAGCAGUCUUUCAAGCGAGCAAAGGAUAAACGACGUUAAAGCAUCCCCAUUGUGUUUGCACUCUCCGAAACGAAACUCGGAAGGAAGCAGUUAUGCAAGAGUCCGAAGGAAAACCAGAGCAACCUCUCUCCCUUCUUCAAUUUUGGGCCGGUCUACGUCAUGUGUAUUAGAGCAGCGAGAAAGGGGAAAUAGAUAAAUGCAGCAACACAUCAGUGUAACUAAUCCUUAAAUUCUUCUUUCAUUGUGUUUCACUAAUACCUUCUUAUUAUGAACAUUGCUGCUGCAAAUGUCCACUAUCACUUCUAAGCAGAACAUAACAAAAUUGUUAUCGAACCUCAAAAGCGUAACAAAGUGGUCACAUACGC